GAUAAAUACCUUUCGAACAAUUGUUUUUUGUAGAUAUUUCAGUGAACUUAUCACUAUGUUAUCGAGUGUCUUUUGUUUUGUACUAAUCUGUGUAUAUACUAAUGCACAAAUUAUUGUUAACACUCCUAAUGGACAAGUUAAAGGAACCCAGGAACCUGGUACCGAGGGUAGUUCAUUUUACAUGUUCCAACAAAUCCCGUAUGCUAAGACUCCAACAGGAUCAUUGAGAUUUAGAGAACCACAACCUGCCGAUAAAUGGGAGGGUAUCUUUGACGCAACUAUUGAAAAUAAGAUGUGUUAUCAACAAACUGCCGAUGAACAAUGGGGAGCUACUGAAGAUUGUUUAUAUGUCAAUGUUUACACCCCAACGUAUCCAUCACCAGACCAAGAAAUGCCAGUUAUGGUCUAUUUCUAUGGAGGAGGAUUUAUAAAUGGCGCUGCUAAUUUUCACAGUUACGGACCACAUUACUGGAUGGAACAAGGAGUUAUUAUUGUGACAGUUUCAUAUCGUGUAGGGGUCUUAGGAUUUCUUUCUACUGGAGAUACGGUUAUUCCAGGAAACUACGGCUUGAAGGACCAGCAGCUUGCGUUGAAGUGGGUUCAACAAAAUAUUCAAUCGUUUGGAGGGGACCCAAAUAAAGUGACGAUUUUUGGACAAAGCGCAGGUGGAGCAUCUGUAUCUUUUCAUCUAAUAAGUGAAAACUCAGCAGGUCUUUUUAGAGCUGCUAUAGCACAAAGUGGAUCUGCACUCUGUUCCUGGGCGUAUCAGUGGAAGCAUAAAUCUAUAGCUUCCAUCAUAGCAACAAUUAUAAAUCCAAAUUUUAAUCCAAAUGCAAGUUCACAAGAAAUAUUGGAUUUUUUGCAAAAUGUUCCUGUACAAGACCUUGUAUUGGCAUCUACAAAAGUUCCAGCAGAAUGGCAUGAGUCUGAAAUAAUUAACGGAUUUCUUUUCACGCCAGUGGUUGAAAAUGAACACGAAACGGCCUUUUUGACAGAAAGGAUGUACGCAGCAAUCGAAAAUGGCCAUGCGCAGCGAGUUCCUUUGCUGAUGGGAAUCAAUUCAGAAGAGAUGAUUUGGGAUGGAAUGAAUAAAGACGACUUUAAAUGGACAGCAUACUGGCUCGAUAAUAACGCGAAUGGACUCGUUAAUGAAAAUAUGCAGAUACAUGACCAAAACCAAAUAGAAGUUGUUGGUGCUGCUAUUAGAGAAGUUUAUACAAAUGGAAAAUUCCAAGAUCAUCUUGGUGAUGCCAUUGAAUUUUUCAGUGAUACCUCAUUUGGAAGAGCCAUUAUUCAGCAUGCCAAGCUUCAGUCCCAGUUCAGUGAUGUAUAUUUUUACCAGUUUUCAUACCAAGGAACUUUACCAGGAGAGCGCCCAUAUUACGAAGGAGCAUAUAAAGUAGCCCAUAAUGAUGAUAACAGUUACCUCUGGGUGUUUGGAAAUUACACGAAUUUGAAUACCUUUCCACCAGGUGAUGUUUUAACUAGCAAAAGAUACCGAACGUUAUUUAGUAAUUUUGCAAAAGACUUGAAUCCAACAUCUGAAUCUACUGACAUUUUGGGAAUAAACUACUGGCCAACAGUUAAACCAGACAACUUCCAAUAUUUGGACCUUAACGAAACCUUGACUAUAAAGACUGAUCUUAAGAAGCAGAGGCACGAUGGCUGGGUCAAUAUUUAUAACAGAUAUGCUACAAAGCCUUAUUAUACUUUUUGAAGGAUUAUAUUCUAUAAAAUAAAAACUAUUUAAC